UGAAUUAUGGGAUUUGUUUUGCACGAGACAUUGUCGUCUGCAACAACAACAUCUGUCAAAACAGCUGAAAGAUGGCAACAACAGUUUUACAGAAACCAGCAGAGAAAACUGGAACGUGGGGUGCCAUAUUUCCCAAUGAGCAGAUAACGGAAGUCCAAUCAGCAUUGUUUGUGAAGAAGUUGCUGGCUGUUGCAGUAUCAAAUAUUGCUUAUUUGAGAGCUAUAUUCCCAGAGCAUGCAUUUGGAGAUCGUAGCUUAGAAGGACUCAGUUUGAAGAUACUGAAAGAUGAUGUGUCCUGUUCUGGAGCCAGUCAAGUAAUUAAGUGGGUGAAAGGCUGUUUCGAUGCAUUUGACAGAAAAUAUCUACGCAUGCUUUUGAUUGGGCUGUAUGUGGAUCCAGAAAACCCUGAGACUGUGAUUGAGUCCUAUACUUUCAAGUUUUCCUAUGUCAAUGGUGGUGGUAUUGAUAUCUACAGGAACAGUGAGAAAAUAUCGGGAGCCCACUCUGAAGCUGAGAUAAGGAAGGCAACAAUCAGAUUAUUGAGAACCAUCAUUUUACUCACACAGACACUGGAUGCUCUUCCUGAUGAUGUUAUGAUGACCAUGAAAUUACUCUACUAUGAUGAUGUCACUCCAGAAGACUAUGAGCCACCAGGUUUCAAAGCUGCAGACAGUGAUAACUUUGUGUUUGAUGAUGAACCUAUGACUAUAAAAGUUGGAGAUGUUAGCACUAACUAUCACAGUUUGAAGGUUCGAGUGAAAACAGACAAGAAACAGUUCAACAUGAGAGAGAAAAACAGCCAAGAACAGCAACAAGCUACUGAUGCAGAAAUAAAUACUGGUCUUGACACUGAUGUUGGUAUGGAAGAAAAUAAUAGAAAGAAUGCAGAUAGGGUAAAACACCCUACGCCAGUAAGUAUGUCCAGAAUACAGAAGGAGCCACUGACUGCUGACAUUCCAGAAGAAUCACCUGCUAAACCAGAGACACCAGCUGUAGAUGUAACAGGUUCACAGACAAGUCAAGCUACAGAUCCUGGUGAAGAAUACAAAGUCCGAUGUCCUUGUGGAUGUAACGAGGAUGAUGGAUUGAUGGUAAUGUGUGCAAUCUGUAAGUUCUGGCAGCAUGGGGUAUGUUUCCUGAUAGUUGAGGAGGAUGAUGCCCCUGAACAUCAUGUCUGUGAUGUCUGUGCUCAGGUUGGAGAUGCUGAGAGAGAACCAACAGAUUUCUAUCUCACUGAAUUGUCAUCCAUACAAGUACAGGCAACUUGCUUAUGGAGAAGAGCCCUUGUUGCCUGUUUAGGGCUGAAUCGGGUACUGGCUCCAGUUCUUGCCAAGCGGCUUGGAACGGAAAUGACUGUAGCACAGGGAUUAAUGAACAGACUGGACAAAGAAGGAUUUCUUAAAACUGCAGGAAAGGGAAGAAAACUUGGCAAACUGGUUGAUAAGGAAAAAAUAACCAAUAUUGGCAUUCCAAAGUAUAUGAAAAAACAUGAGAAACCAAAGGAACUUGACCUUGAGAAAGAUCAUGAAAAAGAAUUGACACAUGAGAACAAUAAAACAAACAGCAGUCCGAUGGAAGCACAAAGUGAGGUUGAUAAAUUGACAGAGAAAACGGAGAGUUUAAAAAUUAACAACAAAAAAGGCAAAUUGUCCAGAAAGAAGAAAAAUCAAAAUGAGAAAAUUGAAGAGGUACAGCCCAACACAGAAGAUACAACAAAUAUAAAUGAUGAGGAAAGGAAGGUUCAAGAAGAAAAAGAGAAGAAAAGAAAAAGCCGAAAAAGGGCUGUUUCUAAAACGCAGGAGGAACACGAGUUUGAACUGUCUUCUACACAGGAUGUUUAUGAUGAUCCAAAGAGAAGGAAGAAAGCAAGUGUAGUUAGCAAAGACAUUAUGGUUUAAUUAUUGCAAUCUGCACUGAACAAGGAUGCCAGCUGCUGUUAAAACACUGAGUUGUUUACCAGUACGCUAUAUAGUCAACAAAAACAUGCUUUAUAAGCAUAUUUUACAUGAAGUACAAUGUACUUUUGAAAGAUAUCCAAUGCUCAUUUUUCUAAAAAUGUUUAUUUUUAAAGACUCAUUUUUUUAAAAAAUGUAAAAAAAAUCUUCAUUAAGAUGACCAUGUGAACUUCUUGUCCAGGUGCGCUUUUGUGAUGGUGCUGUGCCAGUUGUCUGUAAUCUGUAAUUAGCUUUUAAACUUUCAACUGAGUUCUUCUCAUGAACCACUUAAUGGGUCAUCACCAGACUUGGUCUGUAGCAUCCUUCUAAGGUCCUUUCUCAAGCUGAGUUAAAUGGUUCUGCUUGACUGACUUUAAGGGUCUCUAGACCUAAAAAAUAGAGAAAAAAACAUUUAAACAACUCCUCUUGAACCAGAUUUGUUCUGUAGCAUUUUUAUACUCUUCUCAUAUAUUUGUUCAAAUGGUCUACUGUACUUGACUGAUUUUUGGGGCUGCCAAAGCUAAAAAUAUAAAAACCCUUGAACAACUCCUUUUCUUGAACCAUUUAAUGGAUACUCACCAAACUUGGUCUGUUACAUUUUUGUAAGGUUCUUUUUUCUCCCAAAUGGUUCCAAUUGACUGAUUAUAAGGUCCACGAAAGGUAAAUAUAUAAAAACUUUUAAAUGACUUUCUUUUGUGAACUGCUUGAUAAAUCAUCACUUAACUUGUAUGGAUCUGUCUCACAUUUGUUCAUGUAGUUUUGUUUGGGGCUGCCACAGAAAAAAUAGAGAACCUUUAAUUAACAGCUUAACAGAUGUUUGUUAAACAUGAUCAAAAGAAAGGUCUAAAGGUGUAAGUCCUUCUCAGUUUGAGCGAAUAAGGCCCAUGUGGUCCUUUUAUUUUGUUACGAAGCAUCAAAUUUGAUUGUGUUUUAUUUGUUGUCACCCUAAGUAAAGGAAAAGAUGUGCAGGUCUUGAAUUUGCUCUGGUUUUGCUGAAGGAUCCUUAUAUUGAAAGUAAAAAUUUACCCAGCAGCAAAUAGGAUUUGGUAACUCAGCAUUUCUCUUGCAUUUUUUAUCGCGCAUUUUUUAUCAUUCAUUUAUUAUGUAGUGUAGAAGUAAGUCAUUCAACGUGGAGUCAGCAAAUUUUCAUUUAAGAUGUCUGAAUUAUUUAAAACGAGACAAAUUAUCUGAAACAAGUUGCUAUAAAUCAGAUAACCAAUUUAACAGAAGUUGUUAACAUAUAGAUGGCAUAUGUUCAGAUGCCAGCUUUAUACUGGAAGUGAAAUGUGAUCCUUUUCUGUGAUACAAUAAUGUUACUUUUAUUGAAUACUGUAAUUGUUAAAGUAUUAUGUUUGAAUUGUGAAUUGUUUUUAAAUUCUUUGUUUAAAUAUCAUUGUACUUAUCUUGUUGACAUUUCAAGAGAAAUUAUUUACUAUGUUGAUUUUUCAAAUGAUAAAAAAAAUACAUGAAAAAAUUUA